AUGCACAUUGCCAACAACUGGGAUUCGUUCUCCAAAGAGACCUGCUGUUUUGCUGCUGACGGGGACCACAGCCAUCCCUGGGAGUCUCCGCCUGACUCAGACCUGGCCCAGGAGUUUGUGGCCCUGGUGCAGAGCCACUACCUUGAAGCACAGGAGGUGGCGGAGGAUGGGUGGCAGAGGAUGGCUCUCUGGACUCUGGGACACCAAGACCCGAUGGGGGGGAUGCGGGACAGUGGGGAUGUGGGGUGUGGCAACUGCAUGGACCAAGUGUGGGACAAGCCAAAGGCAGAGCGGGUCUUCAGCAUCCUGCCCAACUGCACCCACACCCACUGCCUAGGCUGCCUGGGCACCUGGAGGAGGAACCGGCAGGACGUCCUGCGGGCUGUCAUCAAGGCCAUCUCCAUCAUCCCCUACAAGUUCUGGGUGAACAGGGGUGCUGAGAAGGAGUCACUCAGCGGGAACUUCAAGGCUUGGACCAGGAAACCCCUGCUGCUGCAAUUGCCCCGGUUAUGCCAGAGGAACCUGAUGUCCCUGCUGAUGGCUGUUCGGCCAUCGCUGCCCGAAAGCGGACUCCUCUCUGUGCUGCAGAUUGUCCAGCAGGACCUAGCCUCUGCCCCUGAUGCCUGGCUCCAUGCCCUGGGGGAAUUGCUGCGAAGGGAUGUGGGGGUUGAGGCCUCCAUCGAGGGAGCUUCCCUGCUGUCCAAAGGGUGCCAGAGACAACUCCAAGGCCUGUGUCGGAGGCUGGGCCAGGGGGGCAGGAGGUUGAAAUCAUCCCAGGCUCCAAACCCUGAAGAAGAGGAGGAUGGGGAUACCCUGCAGCCUGGGAAACGCAAAAAGGAGCCAGAGGAAGAGCCCGCCACUCCUGUGAGGGAGAGGGCCCCCAAAAGGUUCCGGUGUUCAGACAGGAGAGACGAGGUAGAAGAAGAUCCUGAGGAGAGACCUCAACCCAAGACACUGGAAUCUCUAGAAAGUGGAGGAGGUGUAUCUCCUGCUAAGAACCAGCCUGUCGUGAGAGCCGAGACCAGCAAGGCUGGUUCAGGUCUGGAGAAUGCUAAGGGUCUAGCUGAGAGUGUGGAGUUGCCCAAAGCUGUCCAGGACUGGGUUCCCAGGCUGCAGCAGCUGCUGAAGACCUUCGGGGAGGGAUUGAAGGGGUUGGAGGAGGUGCCCCCAGUCGAGCUGCAGCUUCUCCAUGAAUGCAGCCCUAGCCAGAUGGCCCUGCUGUGUACCCAGCUGCAGCUCUCCCAGCUCUCGGACGCAGGUCUCCUGCAGCUCUGCACCUGGCUGCUGGCUCUGUCGCCGGAUCUCAGCCUCAGCAAUGCUACUGUGCUGACCAAGAGUCUCUUUCUUGAACGGAUCCUCUCCCUGACUUCCUCGGCCUCCCGCCUGCUUACAACCGCCCUGACGUCCUUCUGUGCCAAGUACACCUACCCUGUCUGCAGAGCCCUCCUUGGCCCCGUGCUCCAGGCCGCUGGCCCAGGUCCGGCUCAAACAGAGUUACUGUGCUCCCUCGUGAGGGAUGAGGCCCUGGAGCCAGACGCACAGGUCCUGAUGCUAGGACAGAUCUUGGAACUGCCCUGGAAGGAGGAAAUCUUCUUGGUGUUGCAGUCAUUCCUGGAGCAGCAGGUGGAGAUGGCCCCCGAGACAUUCAGUGUCUUGAUGGAGAGGCUCUGUAAAGAGGGGCUGGCAGCUCCCACUUCCAUGGCCUGUGCCAAGCUCAUGCUGAUGGUGAUGACCAAGUACCAGGCUAAUAUCACUGAGACCCAGAGGCUGGACCUGGCUGUGGCCCUAGAGCCCAAUACCACCUUCCUGAGGAAGUCCCUGCAAGCUGCCUUGAGACAUUUGGGCCCCUGACGAUCCACCAAGGGACCACCUUCCUGGAGUUCCAUCGCCAGCUGCCUGAAGGACAUUUCUGCCUUCUCCUUCUUGCCCUGAGGAGCCCUUGCCUAAGGGACCAGCUACCUUCCUGCUCUAGGUUGCAGGGAGGCCAUCUUGGCUUCCCAGCCAGCAGGGAGGCUUUUGGGUUAGGGGAGUUGGAUGAGCUGUAUUUGCAAGACUACUGGCCCUGGGCUCACUUCUCAUCAGUUCUCAGGCUGCAGGGACAGGAACUUUCUGACAGGCCUCAGUAGGGCCGGGCAGACCCAGAGUCACCCUGAUCUGGGGUACCCAUGUGCUCAGUGAAGCCACCUGUGCUCAGGUGUAUGUUACGACCUUCUGUGUUUCUGUCUCUGACUUUAAUAAUUUAUCAGUGGCAUUUAAUAAAAAGCAGGAAGUUCAAUAAUGUCUUAGAACCAG